CUAAUAUUCAGUGUUGUAAUAUUUUCUGCAUGUUCUUUCUUCUUUUUGCAGGAGCUCGACCCCAAUGGUUCUCUGUCCUGUGUGUACUGGAAUGUCAGUGAGUGGGUUGUUGAUGGUUGUUCUGUUUUAAAGACCAACAGCAGCUUCACCGUGUGUUCCUGUGUCCAUCUGUCAACAUUCGCUCUCAUCAUGGAAACCCCAUCAAACCAGCUCUCAUCAGAGGUACAAAAGUGAACAAGUAAAACUCCUCAAAAGAUUGAAACAUUGAAUGCACUAGCCGAAUUCAAAUGCAAUCUAGAACAGAUGGUCAACAUGUAUAGUGACCAUUCAAGAGAAGCACAGAUUUGACACACAUAUCCUCUGACAUGUUUUCUCAGAGCGACUCACUGCUGGAGUGGUUGAAUUUGGUGUGUGUGAUCGUGGGGCUGGUGUUCUUCAGUUUGGCCCUGUUGUCCUUUGCCCUUUGUCAGUGGAGUCCUGGAGUGAAUAAUGUGGCUCGAAUCAACCUCUGCAUGAGUUUGCUGUUGGCUCACCUUCUGUUCCUGCUCACACAACGGUUCCUGAGCCUCAUACGCCCUCAGCAGGUGUUGUGUGCCGUGAUAUCAGGCAUUGUGCACUUCUUCUUUCUCUCCGGCUUUGUCUGGAUGUUCAUUGAAGCAGUGCUGCUCUACAUCUGUGUGACGAACCUAUCACGGAUCAGCUCUAAAAAGAGGGAGGUGCUUAGCGGUGGAUUCCUGUGUGUGAUUGGAUAUGCGGUUGCUCUGGUUGUGGUGGGCGUGUCUGUCUGUCUGGUUCCUGAUGGCUACGGCAGCGAACACUGCUGGAUUAAACGGGAUAAAGGUUUUAUCUGGGGUUUUCUGGGUCCUGUUACUGUUAUACUUGCAUUGAACAUGAUUCUCUUCAUCAGCAUCAUCAUCAAUCUGAGCUCAACUCUCAAAAAUCUGAACGCUGAAAUUUCACAGAUGAAACAAACCAAGAUUAUGGUGUUUAAAACACUGGCUCAGUUUGUGGUUCUUGGUUGCUCCUGGAUUCUGGGUUUCUUUACUAACGGCAGUAAGAUGCUAGAGAUCCUCUUCCUGAUCUUGAACUCCCAGCAGGGAACCUUCAUCUUCCUGAUCUAUUGUGUCCUCAAUAAUGAGGUCAGACAGCAGUACAGAAACUGCUUCAGAUGUCUUUGCUGUGGACUCCAACAACACUGAGGACUACAGCAUCACGUUCAGGAAAUAAAAAGCAUAUUUUUACAGAUUUUGCAAAAUAAACAAACUUAAAUAUUUGCAGCUCAUACUGUUUACUGCUAUAUAUCUCUUUAAAUGUGGAUUGAUGUGUGAUUUUAUAUCCUAACUUGUAAAAUACUACAUGUUUAACUAAAAGUAAAUCUGACACAAUCAUUAUUUUUAUAGGCUAAUAGGUUAUUUUAGUCUAAAUGAUUGAUUUAUUCUGAAAUAAGAAUGUCUCUUGAUGAUUUUGUCUAAUGUGUUCAUUGACAUCUCUGCUCAUCUACUUUUGAUUUGUGAAUUGUAUUAUGUUUGCUAUGUGUUAAAAUGAGUACAAGUAAUUAUA